ACACACAACGCAAAGCAAGAGAAGGCUUUGAAUCAUCUACGCUAACAAUACUGUUUCUUCUUCUUCUUUUUCUCUCUCUUCUUUCUUUUGACAACGAAAGACGAAACUUCGGGGAUGCUGUGUACCUUACCUUCACAGCCGCGUGACAUUAUCGCUGUCCUUUCAUCUCCGAAUCUUUCUUUCUUCCUCUGCUAAUAUACACCCUUAACCCCUCCUUUUUUUUCCCUUUCGAACCUUCCUCGUAUUUGAUGCUUUGACUUACAGCACGGUGAUUGAUUCUCUCUCUUUCUCUAUCUCUCUCCCUCUCUCUAUGUUCGUUCUGCCAUCAAAGUUCGUACCUUUUUCUGAUUUGGAUUGAUCUGAUGCCGGUACUGAGUUGUGGGGUGGUGCUGUUCCUUGACCCUCUCUCCGAGUGUAAACCAAAGCUUUUCUUUUUUUGAUGUUUUACUGAAGUUAUUUGCCGAUUUCGGUUAUUCAGUUUGGGAUUAGUUCUGGGUUUGGUUUGGUUUGGCUAUGCUGUUUUGGUGGCUUUGGAAGUUUGAACAAGGGGGUUCUUAGAUCCUUUUGCGUCUUCCCGUUGCUGAAGUUUUGCAGAGAUAUAAAAUAUUUGUGUUUUUUUUGUUUUUCAUAUCUGUGUAUGGACUCUCUUGAGAUAGAGUGAGUCUCUUUAGCCGAUGUUUUUUGUUUAUGUUAAGUAAUCUUGUGAGGGGUUGGAUCAGAUGUCAUAUGUCUUGUGAGUUGUGACAUUAAAUUUUGUAGUUAACACUUAUACAGAUCAGUGUUUUCCGUUUGCACGGCAUAUAUACUUUCCUUUUUUAGAGGUUGUUUUUGUUUAGAAGUCUCUGCUGGGGAAUUCAGGUUUUGUUAAGUAACAUAUGUUCCAUUCGUCAGUUGGUAGUUAAAUGGUUUUCAGACUUUAUCUUUGAGGAACUUUGAGGUUUGGGGAUUUUUGAGAGUGGAAGAUAUGCUACAGAAUCAUUAAGGUUCUUAAGUUGUUGACAAAUGGCUGCUUAUUCAGCCGAACCCUCAUCUUCUUUGAGCUUCACAUCAUCUUCCCAUUUAUCAAAUGGCUCAGUUAGUCACAACAUUUGCUCUUCUUACGGCUCUGACCCUGGACCUAACCUUGAGGUUAUCAGUUUGAGUAAGCUUAGCUCCAGCUUGGAGCAGCUUUUGAUUGAAUCUGAUUGUGAUUAUAGUGAUGCUGACAUCAUUGUAGAAGGAAUCCCAGUUAGUGUUCAUCGAUGUAUUCUGGCCUCUAGAAGCAAGUUUUUCCAUGAAUUAUUCAAGAGAGAGAAGGGGACAUCAGAAAAAGAAGGGAAGUUGAAGUAUAACAUGAGUGAUUUGUUGCCUUAUGGCAAGGUUGGAUAUGAAGCCUUCCUCAUAUUCCUGGGUUAUGUAUAUACUGGUAAACUCAAGCCCUCUCCAAUGGAGGUGUCUACAUGUGUUGACAAUGUAUGUGCCCAUGAUGCCUGUAGACCUGCAAUUAACUUUGCUGUGGAGUUGAUGUAUGCCUCUUCCAUUUUUCAAAUACCAGAGUUGGUAUCACUUUUCCAGCGACGUCUACUUAACUUUAUAGGAAAGGCUCUUGUGGAAGAUGUGAUUCCAAUCCUUACCGUUGCUUUCCAUUGUCAAUCGAGUCAACUUGUGACUCAAUGUAUUGAUAGGGUGGCCAGAUCAGACCUUGACCAGAUUUCAAUUGACAAAGAGCUUCCGCAUGAACUCUCAGGAAAAGUGAAACUGCUCCGCCAAAACCCUCAGCAAGACCUUGAAAAUGAUACAUCUGCAUUGGAUGCUUUGUCUCUGAAACGAAUCACUAGAAUACACAGGGCAUUGGACUCCGAUGAUGUUGAGCUUGUUAAACUUCUUUUAAACGAGUCAGACAUUACUUUAGACGAAGCUCAUGCUCUUCAUUAUGCUGCAGCCUAUUGUGACCCCAAGGUUGUUUCCGAGGUACUUAGUUUGGGACUGGCUAAUGUUAAUCUUCGGAAUUCUCGAGGUUACACAGUCCUUCAUAUUGCUGCCAUGCGGAAAGAAGCUUCUAUUAUAGUAUCGCUGCUUACAAAAGGGGCUUGUGCAUCAGAUGUGACUUUUGACGGUCAGAGUGCUGUUAGUAUUUGUAGAAGGUUGACGAGGCCAAAGGAUUAUCAUGCGAAAACAGAACAGGGGAAAGAAACAAACAAUGAUCGGAUAUGCAUCGAUGUUCUCGAAAGAGAAAUGCGGAGGAAUCCACUGGCUGGAGAGUCCGGUAUCUCUUCCCAUGCCAUGGCCGAUGACCUCCACAUGAAACUACUAUACCUUGAAAACAGAGUGGCAUUUGCAAGGCUUUUCUUCCCUUCAGAGGCGAAACUAGCCAUGGACAUUGCGCAUGCUGAGACAACAUCCGAGUUUGCUGGUCUCUCUGCAUCAAACUCAAAAACUUCAAACGGCAACUUGAGGGAGGUUGAUCUGAAUGAGACUCCCAUAGUGCAAAAUAAAAGACUUCUUUCUAGAAUGGAGGCCCUGAUGAAGACAGUGGAAAUGGGGCGGCGGUACUUCCCUCACUGCUCGGAAGUGCUGGACAAGUUCAUGGAGGAUGACCUACCAGACUUGUUUUAUCUAGAAAAGGGUACUCAAGAAGAGCAGAGAAUCAAAAGAACACGGUUCAUGGAGCUGAAAGAUGAUGUCCACAAGGCCUUCAGCAAGGACAAGGCCGAGUUUAGCCGCUCUGGCAUUUCAUCUUCAUCCUCUUCAUCUUCCCUCAAAGAUUCUGUUGUACAUUACAGGGCUAGGAAAGUGUAACAGUAAAACCAUACAUAGCAGUUUUUUAUUUUGACAUACAUAUUAUAUAUAUAUAUAGUGCAAAUUCUAAAGGUGAUCAUGCACACCAACUCUUCUGUAAAAUUCUGAAAGAAGGUGAUGUCUUACUGUCUUGUGUAAUCCACACACCAUGUAUUUUGAAUAUAAUUUCAUAUCCUUUAUGCUGCCGAAAUUUAUUCUAA